UUGUUGUUCCCUAUCGAGUCGCCAUUACAGUCAGCCAUAUUAUGUGAAGGAUUCGAUGAUGGACGAUAAUUAUUGAAUUUUUCAAUCGAGACUUAUUCAUUUCAUUCUCUUGGAUAUAAUUUGGGUUUUAAAUAAUAUGGAGUGACUAUGAGUCACCCUAAUCCGUCUGGAAACGGCUGCUCCUUGGAGGAUUGCCUCACAAAUCUAUUUGCUUUGACUGAUUUGUGUGGCAUAAAAUGGCGCCGCUUGACAACAGAUAAUGUGAACGUAGAGCCACUUGAAGACCCUGUCCUUGUUGGCUUUUCUCGUUGCAUUAACAAUGACAUCUUGUGUGUAUGGCGUCGUGUCCAAAGAGACCCAGACCAGCGCCAACCAGACUUCAACAGUAGCAAAGAGCUAUGGAUAUUUUGGUAUGGCGAUGAGCCUGAGUCCCUUAGGCAAGCUCUAACCCCAGAUCUGGGCUUAAAAGAAAUAGAAAGCGGAACUUGGGACAGGGAUAAAGAUAAAGAUAAUGGCCUUACAUAUGAGUGCAGGACGUUGCUUUUCAAAGCCCUGCAUAAUCUGAUAGAACGGAGCCUUCUUUCCAAAAAUUUUGUGAGGCUUGGUAGAUGGUAUGUGUUACCCUAUGAGCAUGGAAAUUCAGAUACUGGGGUUCACCUAAGCUUCAGCUUCCAUUACUUUUUACAUGGGGAGAGUCAGGUGUGCGCCAGCAUUGAGGUCAAAUUACGACCUCCGGUUUGGAGACUCACAGCCCAGCACAUAGCUUUGGUGCAGGGGAAUCAAGCUAGUAUUCAAGUUAUUCUAGCACCUCAUGGACUUUGUGGUGUGCUGACAGGGGUCACCUACUCAGAGAAUGACCACAACCCUACUUCUGCCAAAAUGUUUCAAGACUGGUCAGACUAUUACCCCAUUAAGGAGGAUAGCUUGAAUAAAAUGCCUAACAUGGUGGAAGUCAUAGUUGGGGGAACCAGAAUGCGCUACCCAACUUGUUAUGUUUUGGUCUGCGACAAUGAGGACAUCAACGGCAGCAACAGUGUCCUCCAGCCCUUGCAGACAUCCAUCCUUCCCGGUCACAACAGGUCAUUGACAAGAUCAGUGUCCCAAUUUUCACCGCCAGCAUCUCCCGUCGACCCGAGCAUGGGUUUGGAUCACCAUGGCAUAAAAAUUGCCCCGUUGGUCGGUGCGGUGCCAGGGCAGACGGAGAGCUCUCAGACUAUAAGUGACUCCAAGGCUGACUCCAUUAGUUUUCAUAUUGCAGAGAAAGUCAGACAGGACGCCUGUAUACAUGUAUCACAGAAUAAAAGGCUAUCAGAGGUUCUCAGCAGUGAGGAUCAGUCUCAUCAACCAAAUGUAGGUGUAUGGAACUACACCGAUCCAGCCAGUAAAGUCACUUGUAACUGUGUGCGGCAUAGAAAAAAGGCCCAAGGGAAAAAUGCACUCGGAGGAAAACAUGGGAAAGGUGAUAAAAAUGAUAAAAUGGAUCGCCAGUUGAGUAGGCUAAGUCGCAACCCUGUGCCAUACCACAGACGUGGUCACCAGCUGGAUGACUUGCUGCAGUUUGAUGUCGAGCGGGUCAUGACUCAGCCCAACCCCGCUUUCUCUUCCACUGGGGCCACCACCAUCGUCAGUAGCAGCAACACGACGCCUCAGGGCAGGAGCAGCACGCCGAUGCAUGACAAUGUUGUGCCCAUGGACACUCCCAACUCUGCUCCGUCUCCGCUGGAUGAACCCCAGCCUCCCGCCUCAUCCACGCUGGACCCGACUAUGCCAACCCUGAGCCCCCACCCACCUAGUAAGUUUUUACCAGAUGGCAGCGGUGGGCGGCCAUUGAAUUCUGUGGCUGGUGUCGGUGGAGCCAUCCUCCCAACGGACACCAACCACUUAGCGGCACCACCAGGUGCUGUGAACAUUGUGGGCAAUAGUACAGUUGUUUUGGGCAGCAAUAACCUUAAUAAUAAUAGUACAGCAGGGAAUGUUGGCAGCAAUACAAAUAUAUCAGUGACUUGUGCUGGUAGUCUUAUAAGUAGUACUGUAAAUAGUGCAAUGAAUGGGGUGACUGUAUUGGUGGACUCUAACUGUAAACUGGCUGGCGAGGAUACCUCAACAUCCGCCACAGCUAAAAUGAACUCUGCCCUCUCAUGUAUGCCAGUUACACCAGAUUCACAGCAGUUCUCCUGGAGUUCUGUGACCUCCAAGACUGAAAGUGUCAGCCACUGGGUUCACUCCCAUCAGCAGAGGCCUAGUUCUGAAAAGCAGCAUGAAAGACAUUUUGAUACCAAUUUAAAACGUCCAAGUUUGCCAACCAAAGGUUCAGACAGUGAUACGGAACAAGGGAUGGAGUCUCUUUAUAAUUUUGAUUCCUUAAAUAUGUGGAUUGACCUGCCCUUGAAAAAAGGAAGAUAUGACCUAAGUGAUAGUUUAUCUGGUGAUUUGAUUGCUCCCUCGUCAAGCUUUGCAACUCAUUCCCGAGCAACUCCCAUGAUUAAAAGUCCAGAAGAUAUUUAUGAGUUUUCUGACGAAGCCUCCAAAGAUCCAAAAACUGUUACCAUCAGAUCUAGACCCAGUAGAGAUGACAGGUCCUCCCCUCUUGGAAAAAUGGAUGAUGAUUCUCGUCCAUCCUCGCGGCAGGGUGUGGCAGAUGUAACUAUUAAAGAAGAAGCUACCAAUGGUGAGACAGAACUAGGGCACCUGACAUCUCCUUUGACACCAGGUGGCAGUCUUACAAGAGAACGAGAUAUUAGAGUUGUGGGGGCUGAUCAAGACUUGGCUCAUAUCUUUCAAUCAGAUUCUGAAGAGGAUGAUGAUGGAGGAGCUCCUGAUUCUGGUAUAGGCACCAAGUCAACUGAUGAUCUGAAACCUACUAGAAUACUUAAUGGAACUCUAGGAAUAAUUCCAGCUUUAGAUCUUGGUCACAUGUAUCCCACACCGCCUUCACACGAGACGAACAAGUCUCACUCCCCAGAGACCAUGACAGAUGUAACAAAUGAAGGCAUCCUUACUUCAGGCUCUGCCGUGGCAUUUCACAAUUCUGUCGAAAACUCUCUUCCCCCCAUUGUUGAAACUAUAACCAAUAUUAAAUGUGAUGUCUUUGUGCCGCCCGUUGUCGCUGAGACUAUUGGCGCCUCCAAAUACUCAGCAGUUGAACUGCCCAGUGGCAGGUCGUCACCUCUCCCCACCGUCCCCGAGUACAAAUCCAGUUGCUGUCCAAUACCUCCUGUUGAUCUUCAAAAUUCUCAAAAAAUGCAUUAUAUCAAUGUACCUAGCAUAGAAAAUAUUUCAUCUAUACGCACUGUUGGCUCAGGAAUCGAUGCUAGUCCUGCCAUCUACAGCAAUAGUCAACAGAGGACGCCGCUUAGUUACGAGCUGACGUCGCCUGCAUCUAACUCAUCUUCCUACCUCAAUAAAACAAACAAUUCCAUUGAUAAUCAUGGCACCAAUGGCCAAUUGCCAGAGGCCCACAGUCUGUUACUGAAUGUGUUACUGUGCGAUUCCAUAUUGAACUUAUUUAAAGAUCACAACUUUGAUAGCUGUACUAUUUGUGUAUGUAAUGCUGAUAUAAAUGGAAGUGAUGUCAGUGUCUAUUUGCCUGACACAAGCAAGGGAUCAUCAUCAGGCUUCAAAUGCAGCUGUGCGUUUAGUGCAGCCGUCAACCGCAGGUUUGGAUAUAACUCUGGUCUUUUUUACGAGGACGAAAUUGAAAUCACUGGCUUUCGUCAUGAUCACUACGAUCACCGAAAAACACCUUUAAUGCAAAGUAAUGACCCAUCCAAAAGUAAUGGAGAUCCAUUAAAACUGGAUGAUAUUACCCCACAGGUCAUGAAUCAGCUUCUGGGCCAGUAUGCUUCACCAUUCAUAUCUUGUAUAGGCAGCCAUCAUAUCAACCUUUUACAAAUGUCUACAGACUUGUCUCAUCAGCUUUCUACUGUUGACACAUUACAGAUUAGAGAUGCUAAUGAAGUUGUAUGUCAAGCUCUAGAAAUAGCCCGUCAAGCUAUGGACCAUUGCUUUGGCUUUGCCAGAUACGAUGAUCCAAUUUUAAAGGGCAACUUUUUGCAUAAAUGGCCUUACCUUAGAGGACCAGGUUGUGUACCCAGCAGCACCCAGGAGACCAUACAGUGUCUCAAAUCUCUGCAUCCCAUCUUACAAACAGCCAUUCAAAAUAAGCGAGUCACCAGGCUGUGGGAGAAUACAUACACACUGCAAGGGCCUAUCAGCUGGAAAGACUUCCAUGAUCUGGCUGGCAGAGGUACUGAAGAGAACCAUGAGCCACAACCAAUUCCACAUUUCUUGGUUGGUCAUGACAGAGAUUGGUUGACAGUGUCUCCUUACAGCAUUCGCUUCUGGGACAAACAAUUUCUUGAGCCAUACGGCAGAAUGCGUGAUGUUCUGUACGUUGUAGUUGCCCCUGAUAAUGACUUCAUCCUGCAGCAUGUUGUGUCUUUCUUCAAAGAGCUGAGCACAGUCUAUGAGAUGUGCAGGCUGGGAAGGCACUGUGCCAUCAACAAGCCACUUAGAGACGGCGUCUUACGUGUAGGCAAAAGUGCUGCAACUAAGUUGAUGGAUGAACCAGUGGAAGACUGGUUUAACUUCUUAGGUGACUCUAGCAUUGCUUCUAAGUUAAAAUUAUAUGCACAAGUAUGCAAACAUAAUCUAGGGCCUAUACUGUGCCAGACCAAUUGGGACAAGUCAAUGUUUGAACAAGGUUCCAGUAGUUCUCACAAAGCCCAGUUCAAAAUGCCAGAGCCGGCCUCCAACACAACUAGACCAGUUACACCAGACAACCAACAGAGCUCUGGCCAUCCAACAGGAGCAGCUCAGGGGGGACAACUUUCUGAGGAAGUCAAAGAUGGAAUGCCUACAGAUGGCAGCGCUCAGCAGAAAGAAAAUCAGCAUGACAAUGUGGAGGGAGCAGGAGAAGACACUAACACCGAGGCCCCGGGAAUUGUAGUGUAUUUGGUAGACCCUUUCUCCUAUGGGCAGGAUGGGGAGUCUGUGUCACGCUUGGCCAUGAUUGGCUUGUUGAGGUGUUACCAGCAGAUGGCCCUGCCAGAACAUUUGGCCAACAACUUGAGUUUACAGCUGGUCCCAUUGCGUACCAUCCUGGAACAUAAGGACAGUGCCAAUAAACUGCAGACAUUAAAAUCUAUUGCCUUCUCUGUGUUUACUUCAUGUAAAUGGAACAUUGGAUACAGCAUCAUGGGACGGUCACUAACAGGCUUUGGCCCUGCUGCAGCUGCUGAGCAGUUCUUGAAGCGCAAGGGGAAUAUUUCUGACACCAUGAAGCUGUACAGUCCGCCCUACAUCCUGGCAUCUACCAAGAGCAAACAGAACCAGAUAAUGGAAGCCAAGACUGACAUGCAGACUAUUGUGUUCUGUGGCUAUUGUCUCUCGGAAGACCAGCGCUGGCUCAUUGCUGUGUGUACAGAUGAGAAGGGAGAAAUGAUGGAACACUGCACUAUAAACAUUGAAAUUCCUAGCAGAAAUCGUAGAAAGAAAGCAUCAGCUAGACGACCAGGGUUACAAAAACUUUGGGACUUUAUAUUAAGUGUAGUAUCCCUGACCUGUUACCCAACUCGUCUGGUUAUUGGCAGGUUUGGUCGAAUGGGGCAUGGAGAGCUGAAAGGCUGGUCAGGUCUGUUAAGUAAAAAGAAUUUGCACAGUGCCUCUCGCCGCUUGAAAGAUAUGUGUGGACAGUGUUCAGUGAUGGGCCCUUCUGAGGUCCCCUGUGUCCUGAGUGUCUGCCUCACCUCAAUAGAAACUCACCCAAGUUUUCAAGUUGUAGCAGACACCUUGAAACCAGAAGAGAAGCAGAGUAGCAGUAUUCCUCUGCAGACCCCUCGCGAUGCCAGUGUGACCCAUAUUUUGGUCUUCCCUACGUCUGCAACAGCUCAGGUCAAUGCCAACCCUUUGCAGCAAGACCCACAGAAUGAUCUUACGGCUCAUUUUGAGCUGGAUGAUGUUUUUGUUGACAUUCACCAGAUGGGCGAGGACAUGGGCUUUCUGGAUAUAUUUGGGGAAACCUUUGAUAAUCCACCAACUUCUCCACCUGGCUCUCCGAUAAGUAAUGCCAACAGACAGAAUCUCAGGAUGAAUGGACCAUCCACAAGUAUGAUAGAGAAUCAAUCGGACCCACAAGAUGACUGCAACCUCCUACAGCAGCCUCUGGCUAUGGGUUAUUACAUUUCUACUGCUCCACCUGGACCUCUACCUAAAUGGUUUUGGUCAGCUUGCCCUGAAAAUGAAUUUGUCAGUCCACACGUUUUUAAGUCUGCCCUCCACAUUCACGAAUCCUCCCGCCACGAUGAUAUACUUCAUAAAACUGACAAUCGAAAUAAACCUCAUGCUCUGGACUCCCACAUGACCUGUGAUGUUUUAAGAUACGUCUUAGAGAAUUACAACUCCCUUUCCUGGCUGACCUUUGACCCAGUACUUAAUGAUCGCCGCUCUUGCUUGCCAGUUCAUUUUGUGGUGUUAAUGCAGCUCUAUCAUGCACUACAGACGUUUGUUUAAAAAGGGAUGCAUGGCUCAAGACAUACUGACACUCAAGCCGGCCAACACUGACUCACUUGUGCCGGCCUAUUCAAUCAAGUUUGCCCUCAUGGAUUGAGCCCAAAAACACUUGCUACCGUUAAACUAUUUCCAGUCACUACAGGAGGAGAUUUUUGUAGUCCCUGUUGGAUAACACUUUCUUGUUGUGCCUGUCGAAAAACCUGAUCUGAAACUAAUGGCAAGCGGAAGAAAAUGUAAAUGGGGGAUAAAGAGAGAGUUGGGGAGGGGCGUUAUGAAAACCAAAUGUUGUUGUUUGAUGUAGAGUAUGUAUAGUGAAAGAUUUUAUUUAUAUGAAUGGCACCAUCUUUAACAAGGGAUUCUACUCACUUUUUUUUUUCAUUAUGGUAAUGCCUGCCUUUAUAAAGAAAAAGAUGAAUACUAAACUGUUAUGGGUAAAGAAAAAAAAACAAUCACUAUUUAUUUGCACUAAAAAAAAUGUCUCUAUUUAUGAAUCAAUUGUAAAUAUCUUGUCAACUUACAAUAUAGACACUUGCAUCCUCAUUUUUAUAGAUUUCAUUUUGUAUUUCAUUCACCAUUUCAUGUUGAUCUGUGGACACGUGUUUGUUGCUAAGAGGAUGUAGCCACUUCUAUUUCUCUCCGCCAACUCAUUUUUUUUGUAAUGUGGAAUUGUUCAGCGCAAUAAAAACUACGGUUAUCACAAGAGGGUUUAGCUAAGGUAGCUCUUGUGCAGGGCACUCAUUUUGAGCGUGACACAAUGUCUCUAGUAGCCAACUAAAAGCGUUUGUGUUGGGGUUUAUUUUUUUUUUGUUCUUCUGGUCUCUGCCUCCUUCCUAAUGUGUUGAAUAAUGUGUUCAUGUUUCCUCUAAAGACCUCCUUCUGUGAAAGAGUUCUAUCAUUUGUAACUACCAAUUAUGCUUUGUUUUUUAUUGAUGCUACUUUGUACUAAUGCUUUAAUACUGGUUGGGUUGUGCACGUUCCCAUGGUAUAGAGUCAUGGCCUUAAUGCUUUGGAGACAUCAUCUUCAAUGAUUGGGUUCAUGGGCAACCUGGUUUUUUUUUUAAAAAAAAUUUUUAAAGUUUGUUUGCUGCAAUAAUUUCUAGCUUGGCAAACAAAGGCACAUUCUUGUAUUGUAAGAACUCUCUGGCAGACUGAUAAUGGCAUAGCUUAAAGCAAUACACUUUUGUUUGUCAUUUCGACCUAUGCCUUAAGUCUUUAAAAAUAAAAGGUGCACAUUAAAGGAAAAAAAACAAAAUAUGCUAAUGGUGUAAUUCUACAUUCUAGUAGAUGUGAGUUUGUUCAAGAACUUGCAUGCAUGUAAGAUGUACUGAAUCAUUGGUGCAAGCAGGCUUGAUGUUCAUGUGAACCUAUAACCUGUGUCCCUUGACCAAAGAUAUUGUGUGGUGGUGUCUUGAGAAACCUGUUUCUGAACCUGUUGAUGUUGAUCCAAAAGAAAUAAGUCAUUGUUAACAUUUUUUUUGAGGAAUUAAAAUGUCAUUGUACAUGUUUGUUUGUUUUUUUUUAUUUCAAAGCAAAGAUUAUAUGUAAAAAGUGGUAACUAUUUCAACAAAACAAAUUAGCGUGAAGUGGAGAUAUAUAUAUAUAUUAUAUAUAAAAUCUAUACAACAAAGCCAAUUGUAUAUGUAUUGCUGUAUAUAUAUUCAGUGUUUGUGUACCUGUGUUGAGCUCUUAGAGUUGAGUUGAUAGCAAUGCUGCAGGACUGGAAGACAUCUUUCAUUUCAUUCUACACAGCUGAUGUCUGGACAGCUAGUCAGAAAGAAAUUCUUUAUGCUAAAUCUCAUGCUGUACAUAAGAAUAUACACAACAUAUUCCAAUGCAGACCUCGAAUGUACAUAAUCAUUGUCUUUUGUGCUUUUGUUAUAAGCAUAUUAUUUUUGUAUCUUUGCAUAUUUUUCUAUAACGAUGUCUUGUUUUAGUAAAAACAACAUCAAAAUGGAUUUUGAAUCAUUUCAUGCUAAUUCUAUGUGGAAUAAAAAUUUUUUUUUUUAAUCAUUUUUUUUUAGCCACAUGCAUUUUACUAUGUGUAUUAUUGUCGACUGGUUUUGUACAAAUAUUUAAGUUCAUUGGACAAAACAAGGCUAGUCCUAUACUAAAAGGUGUAACAGCCUGCUUGGUCUGGAAGUGUAUUUUAUGUUGACCAGAAUGCAGGAUAACUCGUCAUGUACUAAGUAGCUUUAAACGAAUGAACAAAUUGUUUGCCGUGGGGGGUGGGAAAAAAGGAACUUACGAUGAAGAAUGAAAUAACUUUGAAUGGUGCUGAUGUCGAGAGGUUUAAAGUGGAAGAUUGUUGACCAAGAAUCGACUGUAUCGCCCCAACAUGGUUUGAUUUGUUUUCAGGUUGUGAUACUCUCGUGAACUGAAUCUUAAUGUCCACAGUUUCCUUUCUCCUCAUUUGUUGAGGCGUCAAUGAUGUCAGACACACUGAAUCUUAUUAAUGUCCACAGUUUCCUUUCUCAUUUGUUGAGGCUUCAAUGAUGUCAGCCCUGUGUCGACAAAUCUUGUGCUGCAGAUCACACGAGUCUGAACAGCAGCCUCCCCCCCCCCUUUUCUCAAAUCUAUUUGGAGACCUUUCUUACCACAUUUGUAUAUAUACAUAUACAAACUCUAGAUGGACGCUAGUAUUACACUGUAUGGAUGUGCACGAAUGACCCCCCGCCCCUCAGAACAAAAAUUUGACCUAAUCAUUUCUCUUUGUGUAUAAACUACAAUCUGUGAUGGUUCUAUUUUUGUUCAUGGUAGCAUUUGUUGACACAGUGUUUUUUUUUUUGUUUUGUUUUUUCUUUAUUGUAUAUAAAACUGAUUCAUUCACACAGAGAGUGAGGGGGCCGUUUUUUUGUUUUUUCUCGAUUGUAUAUAGAACUAAUUCAUUCAAUGUAUCCAUGAUGUCCCCUUGUUCUAAAUUAUUAUUUAGCUGGUCAUAUCAACUACAGUAGUCUUGACAAAUAAAACUCAUGACACAGUC